ACGAAAAUCUUCGAAUAUCAUGUUAGUUACACUGCCUGUUUAAAAUCAAGUUUAUGCAUAUUUCUAUCAUCGCUUUCGAUGAUAAGAAUUAUUUUUUCCUAACGGAAUAUUAUAAGCAACGAUUUUCCAUUUUCAAUCGGAAAGAAAUUAUAAUUUAUAGUUUCAAUGGAAAAGGGCAGUGUGAAAAAAACUAAAAAUGAGUUUAAACUUCUUCCAAAAAUUAUAAAUGGCGGAAUCGCAGGUAUUAUUGGUGUCUCUGUUGUAUUUCCAUUAGAUUUAGUUAAAACACGAUUACAGAAUCAAAUUAUCACUCCUAAUGGUGAAAAAAUGUAUAAAUCUAUGUUUGAUUGUUUUAAUAAAACUUAUAAGGCUGAAGGUUAUUUUGGCAUGUAUAAAGGAUCUGGUGUAAACAUACUUUUAAUUACACCAGAAAAAGCAAUUAAACUCACUGCCAAUGAUACUUUUCGUCAUUAUUUAUCUAUUGGAUCUGGACAGAAAUUGCCAUUAGAACGUGAAAUGUUAGCUGGUGGUUUAGCUGGAGCAUGUCAAAUUAUUGUCACAACACCAAUGGAAUUACUCAAAAUUCAAAUGCAAGAUGCUGGACGAAUAGCAAUAGCAGCAAAAGAAGCAGGUAAAACUAUAUCAAAAAUAUCGGCUUUAUCAUUAACGAAAGAUUUAUUACAAAAAAGAGGUAUUCUGGGACUUUAUCAAGGUACUGGUGCAACAGCACUUAGAGAUGUCACAUUUUCUAUUCUUUAUUUCCCAUUAUUUGCUAGACUGAAUGAUAUUGGGCCAAAAAGAGAUGAUGGCUCCUCUGUAUUUUGGUGUUCAUUUUUGGCUGGCUGUACUGCUGGUUCUAUAGCUGCGUUGUCAGUGAAUCCAUUUGAUGUAAUUAAAACUAGAUUGCAAGUAAUCAAAAAGGCUCCUGGUGAACCAACAUAUACUGGUGUAUUAGAUUGUAUAACUAAAACAUUGAAGAAUGAAGGUCCAAUUGCAUUCUUCAAAGGUGGAGCAUGCAGAAUGAUCGUGAUAGCACCCCUUUUUGGGAUUGCACAAACUGUUUAUUACCUCGGUGUUGCAGAAUGGCUAUUGGGUCUUAAAUGAACAUCACUUUCUACUUUCCUAUACUUAAAUUCUGGGAUUAAAAUGACAAUAACUGGCGCAUUAUAGAUAUAUUUUUUUGCUUAAUAUGGUUUGUUAGUUUUUGAAGUUGUAUUUUUCUUUAAUUAUAUGAAAACCUUGGUUAUCGGAUAUAUAUAAACUAUUGUUCAAGAUUUAUUCCAUAAAUUUAUUCAUUUUUAUUCAUUAAUAUUUUAGUUUUAAUAUGUAUAUAUUAUCAUAAUUUUUUUUUUAUUUAUAAGUUCUUUUAAUUUUUUUUAUAUACUGCAAUAUUACUUUAAAAAAUCAAAUAAAUUUGAUAAUUGUAAUUGAAAUAGAAAAAAAAAUCUCUAUAUAAUAAUUAAAUUUUAUCAAAAUAAUAAAAAUCAUAAUAUCUUAAAAUAUAAUUUUAGAUUUGGUUAAAAUUAAAUUAUGAGAUAUAGUUAUAAGUUUAAUAUAAAUAAAAGAAAAAAUAUAUUAUGAUUAUGAUUAUGCUUGAAAGAUUAAUCUUAUUAUUUUAUUUCUAUAUGUUUUUAUUUCUUCAGAUAAUCAAGGUUGAGCUAUAUAAAAGCUAAGCCAACAUUUAUAAAUAAAAAAGAGUCUGAUCUAGUAUUAUUGAAAAUGAAAAUGAAAUCUAUAAUUUGCGAUUGCA